UGGCUGAAGUCCGAGGAAGGCAGUAUAAAAAUAAAGGUGCUGCGCCACAUCGGGGCUGCAGCCGUUGUCUGUCUGUGUUGUCUGUGUUGUUUGUUCUCUCAUGUCACCCAAAGAAAACGUGCGGCACACCUACGUGUGUUUGUCACGGGGAGACAGGAGGCACCACGAUGUGUCUGGCAAUCUGUGGGGACUGGAGGGUGCACAGUGGUUAGUCCCUGUGGACUUUGGAGAAAGUGUGACAUCACUGGCCAGUGGACCUCGCAGCUGACUGUACCCUGCACGCAGUUGCUCGGCCUGCCCGAUGACUGGCCCUUGGGUCCUACGGUCAGCGGCGGCGUUCCUUUAACAGGUUGACAUCUGAGGUCUGCGUCUGUUGGCUGUGUGGAGGGAGGACUUCCUGGGUCUGAGAGUGAAGGUCAACAGAGGGACAAGCUUGCCUAGGCAGCCAGAGUCCUGCCACCUCCCCUUCCACCCACCAGGUACCACGGCGCACGUGGGUAUCAUGCUUUAUGGGGUGGAGAGCCGGAGCGGCCACCGGCACCUAGAUGGGGACAGAGCCUUCCACCGCAACAGCCUGGACAUCUUCCAGAUCGCCACCCCGCACAGCCUGGGCAGCGUGUGGAAGAUCCGUGUGUGGCAUGACAACAAAGGUGACGCAUCUGGCUCUCCAUAUGGGACCAGCCGCCUCGAAGCCGCUUCACUCGCGUCCAGCGGGCCACCUGCUGUGUCCUCCUCACCUGCCUCUUCCUGGGCGCCAAUGCUGUGUGGUACGGGGUCCUGGGAGAUGCUGCCUACAGCGUGGGGCCCGUGUCCAGUCUGAUCCCGCUGAGUGCCGACACGGUCGCCGUUGGCCUGGUGUCCAGCGUGGUUGUCUACCCCGUGUACCUAGUCAUCCUGUUCCUCUUCCGGAUGUCCCGCAGCAGGGUGGCUGGGGGCCCGAGUUCCACCCCCUCCGGCCAGCAGGUUCUGGACGUGGACAGCUGCCUGGACUCAUCUGUGCUGGACAGCUCCUUCCUCACCUUCCCAGGGCUGCGUGCUGAGGCUUUUGCAGGACAAAUGAAAAAUGACUUAUUUCUGGAUGAUUCUAAAAGCCUGGUGUGCUGGCCAUCCAGCGAAGGGACGCUCAACUGGCCAGACUUGCUGAGUGACCCAUCCAUCGGGAGCACCCUGCAGCGUCUGGCGCAAGGCCGGAUGGGCCAUGUGCUGGGCACAGAAGACGACGGUCUCUCCCUGGUCAGCCCCUCCUUGCCUACCAAAUACUUCUCAGCUUCUGAUGAAGACCUGAUCCGGCAGAUCCUUGCAGAAGGGGCCAGCAGCCUGGCGCCCACCCAGGACGCUCAGGCUGAAGCGGACCCGCUCCCUGGCCUGGAAGGGCCGGGCCAGCUGGGGCCAUCUGGCCUUGAUCUCAGGGAGCUCCAGAGGACGCCCUGCCAGCCUGCUAAUGCGGCCAGGGGAAAUGUAACACUGCACUCCAUUACAUGAAACUGUGACUAAUUACACACAGGCAUUAUCAUACAAUAAGACUGCUGCACUGCGUAUUUGGAAGGGGCUGAGAAUGGACCUUAGAAGUUCCCAUCACAAGGAAAAAAAAUGCAUCUAAGUGUGGUGAUCACAUCACACGAGUCAUGAUGUUGCGCACCAGAAACUAACAUGCUAUUCA